UUCAGUUCACUUGUGUGUUUUACUCUGUGAGUUUAAAGAUGUCGAGAACAGUUGAGGUGGUCAUCGGCUCUCCGGUUCAUCUGGAUCAGUCAUCUGGAUCAUCUCCUGUUUACAUCACGGAGACCAAGCCCGGUGACCCGCCUGGAGUUCAUGGAUUCCUGAAAGUCAACCCCAACGCUCUGGGGUGGUUGCAGAUUUUGGCAGGUGCCGUUGUCUUUGGAGCUGUGUAUUGGAAUUACGAGAGUUGGCUUUUAAUACCAGCUUGUUUUUUAAUUUUAACAGGAGUUAUCACCGCCACAGCCGCGUGCACACGUAACCCAUGUCUGGUGGUCACCUCACAAGUUCUAAACCUGAUCAACAUCUUCAGCACUGCGGCGGUUCUUCUGGUGUUUCUCUUGCUCUUCUAUAUCAUACUCACCAUCCGUGUGUUUUUAACUCGCUCUUUAAAUUCCAUUGAUGUGACUUUUAUUGUCUGCAAUGUUCUGGCGUUGGUUUUCUCUCUCAUCAUCUUUGCAACUUCAUGCUGCUGGUGUAAAUCGAGAAAGCGUCUGAUGAUCAUUCACAUGAAUUCAGUUCCUCCGGCGGUGGUGAGUGAUGUGGUGGAUCAUGUGGUUCCGGUUCCUCCAGCUUACAGUCCAGUGCCGUCAUCAGAACCGCCGGCCUAUGAGUAUGAACGUCAGCCGUCGGUCUCUGAACCAUCAGCUCCAGUGUGGGAUAUGAAAAGAUGGAAAGAUGAACUGCAUCGCAGCCGAAAACCCAUCCAAGUCUGAUCUGGGGACCUAAAAAACCCCCAAAACGGUCUCAGUGCUCUAUGGUAGAGCCGCCGUGUCCCUCAGCGUUGGCUUUUUAUUAUUCACGUUAUCUUGUGGACACAGUGGAUGUCGUACUGGACGUCUCUUGACAUGGAUGAAAGAUUUUCACCUGACAUGUGUGAAGCUCUUCUGUCUGCUGCACAGAUCCAAAGGUCAACACUGCUGUAUAAGAACUCUUUCAUCUCAAGUGGUUUACAUGUUUAUAUUGACUGUUGUUCAGUGUGUGUGUGUUCUCAUGACUGACAUUGAAACAGUGACGUGAUAAGCUGGACUCACUGUCUUCUUAAAUGUAUUUUGUACACAUGCGGUGAAGUGAGAAUCUUCAGUACUCUGUUCUGACACUAGAGGUCUCUGUAUUCUUUUCAUUUAACCUCUGUGUCGUUUUCUAUUGUAUAAAAUUCAUUUUCAAAUGA